AGACCAGACACUCUAACUGCAGGAAUGUGCUCCCUUCCCAUGGCAAGAUACUACAUAAUCAAAGAUGCACAUCAAAAGGUUUUGUACACACGGAAUGGCCAGCUCCUGGUGGGAGACCCUGAUUCAGACAACUGUAGCCCAGAGAAGAUCUGUAUCCUUCCUAACCGAGGCCUGGACCGCUCCAAGGUGCCCAUCUUCCUGGGGAUCCAGGGAGGAAGUUGCUGCCUGGCAUGUGUUGAGACAAGAGAGGGGCCAUCCCUGAGGCUGGAGGAUGUGAGCAUCGAGGACCUAUACAAGGGCGGUGAACAAACCACCCGUUUCACCUUCUUCCAGAGAAGCUUGGGCUCUGCCUUCAGGCUCGAGGCUGCUGCUUGCCCUGGCUGGUUCCUCAGCGGCCCGGUUGAGCCCCAUCAGCCAGUGCAGCUUUCCAAAGACAGCGAACCCUCUACCCGUACUGAGUUCUACUUUGAACAGAGUCGGUAAGGAGGCAUGAGACCGAAGUCCAACCUAGCGCCCCCAAACUGAGCCCAUCUUGCUCAGAGUCUGUGGGAGGCAGAAUGAUGGUCCACCAAUGAUGUCUGAAAGCCUUAAUCCCCAGAAUCUGCAACUAUGUUACAUUAAAUGGCAAAAGCGCCGUUUCCUUCAUGGUCCAUUUGACCCAAUGAAAUCGUAUGAGGCCUCAUGAGAAAGAAGGAGUCCGAAAGAGAAUGGGGUAAACGUCGCUACUAAAUUUGAGGAUAGAGCUAGGAACCACGAGAUGAUGAGUGCACGUGAUUUCUAGAAACUGGAAAAGGCAAGCGCU